UCAUCUUUAACCAGAUGGCAGUAACAUUUGAAGAUGUAACAAUUAUUUUUACUUGGGAAGAGUGGAAAUUCCUGGAUUCUUCUCAAAAAAAUCUCUAUUGGGAGGUUAUGUGGGAGAACUACACAAAUGUCAUGUCAUUAGGAAACUUGAAUGAGAGCUACAAGCCACAAGAAGAACGAUUCAAAUACUUACAAUAUGAAAAUUUUUCCUUCUUGCAGAGCUGGAGAAAUGCUAGCACUCAGAUAUACGAGAAUCAAAAUUAUAAUGAAACCAUUCAAGGGGUAGAUUCCAAAAAUGUAAAGCAACAAGAUCUUUCCCAAUGUCAAGAGUGGUUAAUUCUCUCCACACAAGUACCAGAGUAUGGAAACUAUGAACUGACCUUUGAAGGUGCAAGCCAUAGGAACUUAAAAUUCAGAAAGUUAAUACCUUGGCAGUCCUUAGAAACCAAAACCACCCAAGACUUUAGUAGAGAAGAUUACAUGAAUGAUUCCCAUGGUUUUCGAAGGGACGGAAACCAUCUUGUCAUAUCUAGGAAAAAUCUUUUUAUGGAAAAAGACCAGAAAUUCAUAGCUCAGCAUUCUUAUAUCUCAGUGGAAGAAGCCCUUCCAGUAUAUAUUGGGGAGAUAUGCCAGUGUGACCUACUGAGAGACUCUAUGGAGGAGAAAUACUGUGUCUGUAAUAAAUGUAAAGAAAUUCGUCAUUGGAACUCACAAUGUGUUCUCCACAAGAGAAAUCAACUUGGAGAAAAUCUCUAUCCAUACUCCAUUGGCACAGCAUGCUUCUCUCAGAGAUCAGAUUUUUACAGAUAUCCAAGAAUCCACAUAAGUAAGAAGCUGUAUGGAUGUGAUGAAGUUGGCAGUAACUUUAGUCUUGGCUCAGGAGUUUACUUUCAUCAGAGAGUCUUCACAGGGGGUAUACCUUAUAUAUGUAAUAUAUGUGGUAAGAGCUUCAGUCAGAUUUCUUGUCUUCAUAGUCAUCAAAGUGUCCAUACAGAAGAGAACCACUAUAAAUCUGAGUGUAAUAAGGACCUCAAUACAAAUUCACUAUUUCACAUUCAUCAGAGUCUUCACACAGAAGAAAAACCCUUUAAGUGUGAUCAAUGUGGUAAGAGUUUUAGUCGGAGUUCAGUACUUCAUGUUCAUCAGAGAGUCCACACUGGAGAAAAACCAUAUAAGUGUGAUGAAUGUGGUAAGGGCUUCAGUCAGAGCUCAAAUCUUCGAAUUCAUCGAUUAGUACACACAGGAGAGAAGUCUUUUAAAUGUGAUGACUGUGGUAAGCGCUUUACUCAACGCUCAAAUCUUCAAAUUCAUCAGAGAGUGCAUACAGGAGAGAAGCCUUAUAAAUGUAGUGACUGUGGGAAAGACUUCAGCCAUAGCUCAGAUCUUCGCAUUCACCAGAGGGUCCACACAGGAGAGAAACCUUAUACCUGUCAUGACUGUGGGAAGGGCUUUAGCAAGAGUUCAAAACUUCACACUCAUCGAAGAAUACACACUGGAGAGAAACCUUAUAAAUGUGAAGAGUGUGGUAAGGGAUUCAGUCAGCGUUCACAUCUUCUCAUUCAUCAGAGAGUUCAUACAGGAGAAAAACCCUAUAAAUGUGCUGAUUGCGGGAAGGGCUUUAGUCACAGCUCUAAUCUUCACAUCCACCAGAGGGUCCAUACUGGAGAGAAGCCUUAUCAAUGUGCAAAGUGUGGUAAGGGUUUCAGUCAUAGCUCAGCACUUCGAAUUCAUCAAAGAGUCCACGUGGGAGAGAAAACUUAUAAAUGCCAUGAGUAUUACAAAGGGUUUGAUCAGAAUUCACAUCUUCACAAUAAUCACAAGAGAGAAACUGUAUAA